GAAAUAAAUUUCAUCCUUUUGUAUUUCAGGAUUAUUUCUUGCCUCUGGGUUUGUUGCGACCACAACAUCCCUGGCUGUGACCCACGAGAGUGUUCCUGAGACUGAUCCUCUACCCGACAUUAUCCUGGACAACGUCUCCUACCAGCAGUGGGGGCUCGACGUGUCCGAGAUACUCAUCAUGGUUUCCACAUUUUCAGCAUUCUUAGUCGUCAUGCUUCAUUUUCAUAGAUUGAUUAUUCUACGUCGAGUCUGGUUCUUACUGGGAUGUUUAUACUACUACAGGGCUCUGACGAUGUUUGUCACAGUUCUACCUAAGGCAGAUCCCAGCUAUACCUGUAAACCAAAACUAGAUAAUACUACAGCUCUCCCAGCUCUAGUGAUAUUUAAGCGGAUUCUGACUCUAAUGUCUGGAAUGGGUUUAUCAAUAAACGGGAAACAUAUCUACUGUGGAGAUUAUAUAUUCUCAGGACACACAAUGGUUCUAACUAUGGGCUAUCUGGUGAUCAGAGAAUGUAAGUAUUAUUUUGUUAAAUUGCUCAGUGGUGUAAAUUUUCGUUAGAAAAUUAUCCCCCCCCUCAUCUCCUUCAANA